AUGGCCUCAAAUCAAUCGGGCCUGUUUCUGCUCCCGUUCCAAAGCAUCUGUCGCCAAUGUCGCCAACGCGCAGCCCGACUCCCACCUGCAUCUUUCCUCCUCCAGCACAACCCCCGGCAGCAACGCAAACCCUUUUCAACCACCCCCUCCUACCCAGACGCUCUCUCCACCUACGUCGAUGCCGAAGCCUCAGCAGCAACAGCAAGAGAUAGUCUUAUCAUCACGGCCGCUCCACCCCUAGACCUUGACUCUCAAUUCUCCGUGCCCCCCAACCGACCCGCGCGCAUCAUCCCGGCGUCCCCCUCCUACUUUACCGCCUCCCCCCAAUUCAACGACGAUGUGCUCCUCCUGCGCUCUCUCCUCCGUGAAUACGAAUCCCUCCCUACCGUGUCUGUUGACCAAGUGCCUUUCUCCCCAUGGCUCAAACUCGCCACCUACCGCUCCAACCUCGACGAGCCGGUCUCCUCGAGCAGAUACAGCAAAGUGCUACAACUGCUAACGAGGCUGAAUCAGAUCCACCCAAAGCUGCAGACAACUAAGCUGCAGGAAGUGUUAGACAGGUUCCGGCGUCCGGGCGCGGUGGGGAUCCAGAAGCCACCGCCAGGGAAACUGGAUGCAGAGGGUCGAGCGUAUGGUGUGGGCCGCAGGAAAGAAUCAUCCGCUGCAGUUCAUCUAGUUGAAGGGAAUGGGGAGGUGCUGGUCAACGGGAAGAGCGUGUUGCAGGCCUUCCCGAGGCUGCAUGAUCGGGAGAGCGCGUUAUGGGCGCUUAAGGUGACAGGAAGAAUGGACAAGUAUAAUGUCUUUGCUCUUACUUCGGGCGGAGGGAUCACCGGCCAAGCGGAGAGUAUCACGUUGGCGCUGGGAAGAGCGCUGAUAGUGCAUGAGCCGGCUUUGAAGCCAACGUUGCGCAAAGGUGAGCACACUUCACCCUUCAUACCCAAUGUGAUGUUCUCUACUAAGCUUAUCCUACAGCCGGAUGUAUGA